AUGGAUAUCCAUGACAUGUCUGAUAUUCCGGAGUCUUUCGCUUUGCUGCAAAAGCAUAAGGGAAUCAUCGACAAGAACCAAGAAUUGAAGGGCCAAAGGGCAACGCCCAAGAGCUCAAGAUCUGAAACUGUCACCCAGUUUAUGGCGACCCGAAAUUCGCACCUCGUGAACGAUGUCAGAGGGGUUUCAGACUCUGUGAGCGUUCAAUCUUCUUACCUUCCUCUUGCCUACCCUCCGUCCACUGCCCCUUUCAAUGAACUCAACAAGAUGAUGUUGGAAGAUCUUUCUCUUGAAACUCAUCACCGGGGACGAUAUCUUCUUUUGAGGACAGUUACCCCAGCAGACAUCAUAACUGGUGUGUCAGUGAUUGCUGAGGAUGAGGAUACAAGAGUUGCUUUGCUCGUACUCUAUAACCAGGGCGAAGAACUGUCGAAAUUAAUUGAGCUCGGUACUGUGUUGGUGGUGAAGGAGCCUUAUCUGAAGGUUUUGGCAGACGAAGAUUAUUGCAUUCACGUUGACCACAUUUCGGAUCUUAUCAUCGUUCCUGACUUCGAUGAAUGUGUGCCAUUGUGUUGGAGACCUCAAAUCACUUCCGCUGAUGAUUCGUCUGCUCUCUGGAAGGACAAAGGGAAUGAGUUCUUCGAUGCAAGCUCAUACUGGCUUGCCAUUCAGUGUUAUACCAAGGCACUAGAACGAAAUCCACCUCAAGAUCUCAUGGCCAAGAUUCUGUUGAACCGUGCUCUUUGUUGUCUCAAAACUCACCAAUUCGACGCAGCCAUCCUGGAUGCUGAUUCUGUGUUACAGAGUUCUGAACUCUCCGAAAAGGCACUUCUUCGAAAAGCUCAAGCUCUGUACUAUCUUCGGAGAUAUUCAGAAUCUUGUGAGACUCACAAGUUACUUGCUGAGAACUAUCCGGAGAACUCUUUGGCUCAACACGAAUUCCAACGUGCAUCUGCCCGCCUUGCUGAACAAGAGACUGGAAAAUACGAAUUCAAGAAAAUGAUUCUGGAAGCUCAGAAGCGUCACCCUCCACAUCUCGAGCGCGGCACUUACGUUGGUCCGGUAACAAUCAAGGCUACUGAGUCUCAUGGAAAGGGUUUAUUCACUACCGAAGCCGUGAAAGCUGGUGAUCUUUUGCUCUGCGAAAAGGCAUUUGGUCAUGCAUAUCAUGAUGAAAAGGAUCAAGGUGGACUGACAUUACUGAUGAAUUACGACAGUAACAGGAUGGCGCUUGGUUCUCAAGUAAACCUUAUUGAGACGAUCGUGAGAAAGCUUCACAAAAGCCCAUCGCUGGUAUCUGAGUACAUUGACCUUCACCAUGGGACAUACGACGCUUCCAAUAUCCGAGUCGAUGGAAACGCCGUUGUGGACACGUUCCUCGUUCAAAAGAUAAUCGACUUGAACUGUUUCGGCUGUCCCCUUCUGUCGCGUGACAGCCAUAUCAAAGUACUGUGCGACCCUCGAAUAUACGCCACAGAAAACAAGAAAUUCUACUCAACUGGAAUCUGGUGCAUGGCAUCAUACAUAAACCACUCUUGUUUGUGUAACAUUCGACGUUCAUUCAUUGGGGACAUGAUGAUCAUUCGCGCCAGCAAAGAUAUCCCGCCAGAUACUGAAAUCACCUUCUGGUACGGAUCGCCCCUUGCAAACACAAGGGGAAUACCUGCAAACUUGGAAAAAUGGGGCUUCGAGUGCGACUGCGCAUCCUGUCAAGAUAUCCGAGGUCUGAGUGAGAAUGUUGCAUCUACUCGACAGAGACUUUAUGCGGACAUAGAACAUUUGCUCAAGGCGGAUGAAAUCAAGUUGCUAACAAUUCAGAAAACAAAUAGCAAAAUUGCAAAAACCUACUCUCGGCCUCAGUCUGAAGUUCCCCGUCUUUUAGUUUGGCCAGCCUACCUGGCUCUCACUGCCAUCUGGCUCAAAUAUGACAAAUUUGAAAAGGCGAUCAAAUUUGGACUUAAGGCCCUGGCAGCGCUUGGCUUUGUGAUAGAUGGCGGUCUAAUUUCUGAUACCCAACUGGAGGUAAAGACUUGGGGAUUGAUGACUGAUGGUGUGGUUGGGUGCUGGAUGCUUCUCAGUCACGCAUACAGUCAUGUGUCGCCUCGGCUUGCGACCCAGGCCAAGGAAUAUACUAAAACCAGUUACAAGAUUUGUGUUGGAGAAGACGAGACGUUCGAUGAGACAUAUGGCAAGCACUCGCCGCGAUCUGAUGGGUUACUCUUCAAAUCCGUUCCUCGUAAGUCGACGGCAAGGUAG